AAGCAGUGCAUGCGCACAUUGGCGUCAUCGGAAAUAAACACAACAUGCAAGACCUCGCUCAGUAAACCCGUUGCAUAUUUCAUAUGGUCAGCAUCAAUAUUGUAUAAAUAUGCCGCAUUUAAAAGAGCCCAAACCAAGGGAACCUUUGUGGAAAGAAUGGGACUACAAUGCCCAGAAAAAGGGGGUUCGUCACACCGUGUAUUCAGUUAACGGUGAUGAAUAUACCGGGGAAUGGCUGAACAACAAGAAAGAUGGGAAAGGCACAUAUAAAUGGAAGGCAACAGGUGCCCUGUAUGAUGGAGACUGGAAGAAGGGGAAGAGGAAUGGUUUUGGCACCUUUAGCUACCCAGACGGGAAGGGCGGCUUCAGGAAAGAUUACUCAGGAGGCUGGAAGAACGAUAUGAGACAUGCUUAUGGAACCCAAUUUUAUGCGGACAAUGAGUACUACGAGGGGGAGUGGUACGCAGACAAGCGGAGCGGCUGGGGAAGGAUGUACUUCCAGGAUGGCACCAUCUACGAGGGGGAGUGGUAUGAUGACCUCAGGAGCGGACAAGGCAUGCUUCGACAAACCAAUGAGAACAGGUACGAGGGUUCCUGGAAGGACGGCAAGAAGAACGGUCCUGGUAAAUUCUACUACCUGAACACUGGCCAGGUGUUUGAGGGUGUGUGGGUGGACAAUGUCCCUAAAUGUGGCACCAUGCAGGACUACGGCCGUGAUGGCGCCCCCGUACCAACACAGUACCCGAUACCAGAGGUGAAGUUGGACAGUCCUGAGGCAGUGGUGGCAGAGGCGGAGGACCAGUUCCUGCAGGAUCAGGACUGACCAAUCAGAUCUCUCCAAGACAAUACCAGGCUCUCAUGUCACACUUUAAUUUGUAUUGACGUAUUGUCCAAAGUUUGUUUUAAUUAAGUUCUGUCCAUGAAUAUGAUAUAUUUCAGCAUUCAGUAUCAGUACUGUUGUACAUUUCGGUAUGCAGUACUAGUACUUUUAACGUUGAUAUAAUGAAUCAAAUUUGAUAAUAUUGCUGGUUACUUUCCUGAGCAAAUACCUCCAGACUGAUCGGCCAGUAGAGACUCGUAACUGCCAAACUGGCUAUCAAACCUGAAUCAGUAUUUAUUUUCGUUCAGAAAUUUUACUUUCUAGUUGUUUUCUUAGUUAUCUGUAACAUUUUGUCAUUAAGAUGUUUACAUGC